UUCAAAUUUCUAAAUUCAAAAAAUUAAAAAAAAAAAUUGAAAGAAGAAGAAGAGACGUUGCUCUCUCGCUCUCUGGUUCGCAAUAACAGACUCAGAAUUUCACUUGUUUAGAGCAAGCUUGAUUUCCAGGGUUUCACCGAAUUUUAUUGAUGAAGGUUUGAAAUUCAAUACAUUUAUGUUGGAGGUCCUGAGUGGAAAACUUUCAUCAUUAGAUCAUUCACCUUUGCUAAUUGCUCAUUGAAGUGUCUGGGCAUCUCAAUAAAUUUCCUGAAAGGUGAUUGCAGCAUUUGAUGGGGAAAACCUUAUUAGCAUGUCAUAUUGACCUUUUGAUUCUUUUGAAGCAUGGUAUGUGAGGCACAAUGACACUGGAAGAUUUAUUUUCAAAGAUCAAGAUGAAGGAUGGUCUCACUGCCCCUUCAAGAGUUGAGGAACUAAUAAAUUUAAUCCAGAAGGAGAAAGAUAGUGUUGUGAAGAACAAUGGUGAUGCAGCCAGGCAGUGGGCUGCUAUCGCAAAUGCUAUUGCUGCUACUGAGAACAGAGAUUGUCUUGAUCUUUUCAUUAAAUUAGAUGGACUAUAUUUUCUUGAUAGGUGGCUGAACAAUGCUCAAAAGUUUUGCAAUGAGACUGAUGAAAGUGUUAUAGAAGAGUCGAUUACUGCUACAUUGCAAGCACUUGAAAAGUUACAUAUCGACAAUGAGCAUUCUAUUUCUUCUGGGAUCUGGAUUACUGUCAAGAGUCUUCUUGACCACAAGAAUUCUCAGGUUCAGGAUAGAGCAAAAGCACUAUUUGAUAGCUGGAAGCUGGGUAGAGUUAGUGAUGCAGUUGGCCAUGACGUUGAGAGUGUUGGGCCUUGUGAUAAGGAGGGGGUUGCAGUCAGUUCAAUGGAUGUUGAGGAAAGUAGUCAGUCAAAAUUUUCCGCAUUUAAGGAUCCUCCUGAAGCUAGUUUUAAAGAAGAAAAUAGUGGAGCAGAAAUUUUGCAGUCCAACUCAGAAAAUCUUCGACAGGAAAAGGCAGAAGAGAUACAGAUCCAAACCCCUAUUAAUGAGCAACAUUCUCUCAUAAGUUUGAAGCAAACUAACAUGGAGGAUAAACCUCCCAAUCAUGUUACCUCAUCUGUCUUGUCAAAAAAUUUGGUUCUUGAAAAUACUUUAAUCAAAGAGAAAUCCAUAAGAAGUGCAGUUGAAGGGAUUUCAUCUGUUGAGAUUUGUAGUUCUCAACUUGCAAGACAAUGCCAUGAUGAAGGGCAGUCAGAUGCUCUGAAGAUGAGUGAGCUCACUAAUGAUGAAAACCAGGUCCAAAAGAUGAGCAACUUCUCAGACAAAUUUUGUGUGACUGCGGCUGCCUCUACUUCUAAUAUGGUGGACUCUAGAACUGUUUCUUCGGGUGUGGAUGUUGCAAAUGCUCUUGAGAUUGUUACAGAAUCUGCUGUAGAAAACAAUUUUGAUGACAAAGAGGAUGACUUAAAUAUAAAAGCUAAUGCACUCAGUGAUGUGAAAACGCUUGUACCUGAGCUUAAUAGUGGGAGAGAUGAUAUGCCUGUUGCAAAUAGUUACAGUACUCAAUUGUUGAAGACAACAGAUGAAGAUGAUGAAUAUCAUUCUGAUGCAAUACAGGAUUCGUCUGGUAAUGAGUGUAUAUAUGGAAAGCACAAGGAUUUAGAGACUUCAAGUUCAAGAAUAAAAGGAAUUGGUGCAAUUGAUGAUGAUAAUGAGCAUACUAGUGAUGGAGGUUCUGAUUCAAGAAAUGAUUGUGAUUUUUCAAAACCGUCAAUGGGUAAAAGGAGUCCUGAGGUGAAUAAUCAACGGAAAUCUGAUAUUGAACUUGAGUAUGGCAUAGUUGAUGCCUUAGAAGUUGCCCGGAAAGUCGCUCAAGAAGUAGAAAGAGAAGUUGUAGAUUAUAGAGAUCGCUCAUUCAGUUCUUCUGAGAAAAUUUCAGAUGGUGGAUUUGGACGCUCAGAUAGCCCAGAUUCUAUAAAUGGAAAAGAGGAUCUACUUAAUCAAAUCCCACCAAAGGAGGUGCCAGCUGGACAAAAUUAUUCUGCUGAGGCAUAUCCUGAGGGUGAGGGCCAUGUAAUUCAUUCAGAUGUCAGAACUGAACCAGAAAAUGGCAUGGCUGAUAUGGAGUCCUCUCAGGUGACUGAAGCAGCUCAUGAACUAGAAGUUAGCCCUGAGAAAACCCUUUGUGAAUUUGAUCUGAAUCAAGAGGUCUGUUCAGAUGAUAUGGAACUUCUAGUGAAUCCUGUGUCAACCCCUGUCUCUGUGGUUUCAGCUUCUAGACCAGUAGCAGCAUCUGGGUUGCCUGCAGCCCCUCUGCAGUUUGAAGGAACUCUUGGAUGGAAAGGAAUUGCUGCUACUAGUGCUUUUCGUCCUGCAUCCCCUAGAAGAGUCACUGACUCUGAUAAAACAGCUCCCACUGUUGGGGGAAUCAGCGACAGCUCAAAACAGAGGUCAGACUGCCUUGAUAUUGAUCUGAAUGUGGCUGAGUGUGGAGAUGAUAAACUUGCUGAUUUAGUUGCAGAAAAACAGAUUCCAGUCUCAUCUGGUCUCCAUUCUGCAGAAUCUGCAUUGGAUGUCAGUUCAAGAAGAUCAGAGAGAUUCAAGCUGGAUUUAAAUCGUAUCAGUGAUGAUAGUGAUGCUCCAACUACUGAUCUGAGGAUGGAUGGACGGUUCCUUUGCAACCGGAAUGGCCAUCGCAGUCCAUCUCCCGCAUCCUCAUCAUCAUCCAUGCAGCUGCCUUCCUUGAGGAACAUUGACUUGAAUGACAGACCAUAUUUACAGAAUGAUUUUUCAGAUCAAGGAUUCUAUCGUGGUAAAUUUCCCCAAAAUAUGAGUGCUUUUGGCGUGGUGUCUAAAUCAGAUAAGCCUGUUAUAUCUCUCAUGGGUACCAGAGUGGAAGUCAGUAGGAAGGAUUUUGUUCCUCAGGCUGCAUCCUUGUCAAAUGGCAUGGCACUUGACACUGCCAUGGAUAUUAAUAGGGUAAGGACUGGAAGUGAUUUGGCAUUGGGUCCUACAGUAUCAUACUCACAUUCCCCUGUUUUGGGAUACAAUGGAUUUGCAUCUGCAACCACAUUGUCUUACUCUUCGCCCAUAUAUGGACCUUCAAGCUCAUUUCCUUAUAUGGUGGAUUCAAAAGGAGCCUCUGUUGUGCCCCAGAUUGUGGGCUCAGCAGCAGCUGUUCCGCCAUCUUAUCCCCAGCCACCAUUCAUCAUGAGCCUGAGCAAUGGACCUUCUGGAUUAAAUGGGGCAGGGCCUUCACGGACUAACUUUGAUCUGAAUUCUGGAUUUCCAGUUGAGGGAGGAAAUAGGGACUCGCUUGGUCUGAGACAGCUUUUUGUGCCUGGUCAAGGCCGAUUAAUGGAGGAGCAUUUGAGGCUAGGCUCACAACCUUCGUCAAGUUCUGGGUUUGGUGGGAAAAGGAAGGAACCUGAUAGUGGGUGGGAAGCGUACCAAUACAACUAUAGAAAUCAGCAGCAGGCUCCAUGGAAAUAGGAAGUUUAUAUUCAUCAUUGCUCCUUCCUACCUUGGGAGUCAAUCAUAAAUUGAAUCGGGAAGGUAAAUGAGAAGAGUAAGUUAAGCCCAUUGGCUUUGAGGGAAGGGGAAUUAGAACCAAAUAAAACGGGGGGAAAUUAUGAAUGUAAUAUAGUUGGGUGAGAUUAAUUGCCGAAGGAAAGAAUUAGGUCUAAUUAAUUGUUUUAUAACUUCGGUUUAUUUUCUAAUUUUUCAUUUCUGUGUUCUAUAGAAGGCCAUUGCAAUCAUAGAAGGCAUGGCACAUGAUGUAGCUGUAACUUCUCCCAUAUAUAUCACAGAAAUUUAAAGA